GGGAAAGCGCGGGCCAGCGAGGGGCGGCAGCCGGGGCCAUGGAGGCGCGAGGCGAGCUCGGGCCGGCCCGGGAGUCAGCGGGCGGCGACCUGCUGCUGGCGCUGCUGGCACGGAGGGAGGACCUGCGCAGAGAGAUACCCCUGUGCGCCGGCUGCGACCAGCACAUCCUGGACCGGUUCAUCCUCAAAGCCCUGGACCGCCACUGGCACAGCAAGUGCCUCAAGUGCAGCGACUGCCACACUCCACUGGCCGAGCGCUGCUUCAGCCGCGGGGAGAGCGUGUACUGCAAGGACGACUUCUUCAAGCGCUUCGGGACCAAGUGUGCCGCGUGCCAGCUGGGCAUCCCGCCCACGCAGGUGGUGCGCCGCGCCCAGGACUUCGUGUACCACCUGCACUGCUUUGCCUGCGUGGUGUGUAAGCGGCAGCUCGCCACGGGCGACGAGUUCUACCUCAUGGAGGACAGCCGGCUCGUGUGCAAGGCGGACUAUGAGACGGCCAAGCAACGGGAGGCCGAGGCCACCGCCAAGCGGCCGCGCACGACCAUCACGGCCAAGCAGCUGGAGACGCUAAAGACUGCAUACAACAACUCGCCCAAGCCGGCGCGCCAUGUGCGCGAGCAGCUUUCGUCCGAGACGGGCCUGGACAUGCGCGUGGUGCAGGUUUGGUUCCAGAACCGCCGCGCCAAGGAGAAGCGGCUCAAGAAGGACGCGGGCCGCCAGCGCUGGGGACAGUACUUCCGCAACCUGAAGCGCUCCCGCGGCAGCUCCAAGUCCGACAAGGACAGCGCUCCGGAGGAGGGCCAGGACAGCGACGCUGAGGUCUCCUUCACCGAGGAACCAGCCCUGGCCGAGAUGGGCCCCGCCAACGGCCUCUACAGUAGCCUGGGGGAGCCCACCACGACUCUGGGCCGUGCCUCAGGGGCGCCGGUCGGCUUCUCACUGGAGCACGGAGGCCUGGCAGGUCCGGAGCCCUACCGAGAGCUGCGCCCGGCCAGUCCCUUCGGCGUCCCCCAGUCCCCUGCUGGUCUGCAGAGUUUGUCUGGCCCACAGCCCCUGCUCUCCAGCUUGGUGUAUCCAGAAGCUGGCAUAGGGCUCAUGGCCCCGGGGGGACCCCCAUCCAUGAGGAUGCUGGCCGGGAAUGGACCCAGCUCUGACCUUUCCACGGGGAGCAGUGGAGGCUACCCUGACUUUCCUGCCAGCCCCGCAUCCUGGCUGGAUGAGGUGGACCACGCACAGUUCUGACCGAGGCCAGUCCACCACCCUGC